GUCACGUGAGACAGCAACAGGAAGUUUAGUGCACUGUUGUGAUCGAUGUGGAAGGAGAGGUUUGAAUUCGAUGAGAAAUAAGCGCAAAGAUUUAGUCAUUUUUAGUAGGCAUUUUUCCCGUACGUUCUGACUUGGAUCAACUGGAUAAAUGAGUUUUCGUGCUUUGUGGAUUGUUACACACGAUAAAGGCGAAAAUGCUUCUGUUCGCUUUUCAAGGAGGUUUGCUACAGUGGAGUACCGUGCAAAGAAACUAGGAGGCUCCUUGUAUGUAGCCAUGCCAGAUGACAGCACUGUGCUCAGACACCUGCUCACCGAGCUCGGCCUCUCCGACCCACACAAGCCAUUCGUCCGUCUCCGAGAUGAUUGUCGUCGCUGUCCCAAGACACCUGUUUUUGAGCUACGUGUUGGUCCGGAUCAGGAAGUUCUCUGGCCGGUGGUGGUCAUCACUCAUGGGUCUCUUAUCGUAGCUUGCUUGGGUCUAGUGGACGUCCCGCAGGAGCCCCGGCCACCUCUGGCCAACGUGCGGUCCGUCUCACAGGCUAUCACAUUUCUUACUGGACUACAGAAUUUUCUUCUGGGCUCAGGGGGUAAGCUUGAUAAUGAGGUGUUGGCCUCUCGCCUGGCAGCACUUCCCUGUGUGCUCCUGCAGGUUUGCCCUUUUGGUACACCUCUAGAUGUGCCCUCUAUCAAGGCACCUACCACAUCUUCUGUGCCCAUUCCUGCUGGGAACCAGAAGCAACCCGCCUGGAAGACGGGCUUCCACCGGGGACGUGCUGUAGUGAAUACGGCAUUGACAGAGACCGUGCGCUCCAUGCAAUAUGGUGACCCGAGUAAACAGGACACAUGGGAUGUCUAUGGCACAGUGAUGUGCAAAUGUGAAGUGGAGGGGGUUCUUCCAGAUGUGACAGUGACCCUCACUCUCCCACCCAAUGGAUCACCACUGCAAGACAUCCUGGUGCAUCAUUGCGUGACCUCGCUGGAUUCGAGUAUCUUGACUGCGUCCAGUGUCGAUAACGACAGCUCAUCCUUCUCUGGACCAUACAAGUUUCCCUUCUCUCCUCCUCUGGAACCCUUCCGACUUUGCGGCUACACGUCACAGGUGCCUGUCCCUCCCAUCCUUGGGUCAUAUCAACUAAAGGAAGAGCAAAAGCAUCUGCUUGUUUCAGUGACUCUGAAACUUCAUGAGAGUGUGAAGAAUAGUUUUGAAUACUGUGAAGCACAUUUACCUUUUUUUAACAGGCCUCAAAUGGGUUCUGUGGAUGUGAAAGUGAGCUGUGGACAUGUCGACCCUUCCAAGGAGAAGAACCUAUUGGUGUGGGUCCUUGGACAAAAAUUUCCAAAAUCUCGUGAAGUCUCAAUGGAAGGCAGGAUCAGCUUCUCAGGGCCAGCAGCAGGACCGACUGACCUCAUUUGUACCGAUCUCACAGCCUACGUCAAAUUGCACUUCAAAGUGCCUGACACAACACUUUCUGGAUGCUGUGUGGACCAACACUCAGUCCAGGUGUAUUCCUCUACCAAACCCAAAAUAAUAACUUCUCGUGAACUUCAAUCGGAAGACUAUUUAAUCUGGAAUUCGACGAGUACUGCUCCCGUAUGUCAGCUGUUGCUGUAGGAUGAUGUCUAAUAAAAGGAGCCUCAUAUUUACGUA